AUGGAUACGCCAAAGAAACCACUGGUGGUUGCGGCGUCUGCCACCAUCACGAAGCCCCUAGCUGUGGUUACUACGACCGCCAGCAACACGAUCACGUCUGGUGCAGAAUCGGGCUCGGCAGGUGGAAAGGAAAAGCUAACCGAUUCACAACGUAAUAUUCAAAAAUUCUGGCCUAAUGUACUGCGGGAGAUACAGCUGGUAGACAACGUUGAGCCUGGCAAUCAGCUGCUACCGCUGGCACGCAUCAAAAAGAUCAUGAAGCUGGAUGAGGAAGUCAAAAUGAUAUCUUCCGACGCACCGCUACUGUUUGCCAAAGCGAUCGAAAUCUUCAUACAGGAGCUGACGCUUCGGGCCUGGCUACAUACAGAGCACAACAAACGGCGAACGUUACAGCGGAGCGAUAUCGCGAUGGCCAUUACCAAGUACGAUCAGUUCGAUUUCCUGAUAGACAUUGUACCGCGCGAUGAGAUCAAGGUGUACAAAAAGGAGUUUGAAGGCAAGUCGGAGGAUGGACCGAGCGGUGGUACUACGGUCGCUAAUAGUGCCGGCAACAGCAAUAGCACCAACGGUUCCGAGGAUAUGCAGUACUUCUUUCAGCUAUCGCAACAACACCAGAAGGUAACGCUGCAGCAUGCAACCAAGGGCAGCAUAGGUGCGCUAGCGAACGGUAGUACGGUAUUUGAUCUUGCGACGGUGAUUGGGGCGGCCGGUAGCCAGCAGCUACUACAAGCAGCAACAGCCUCUACGAUGGCAACCGCGCAACAGGACCGAUUACCUACCGGUGGCGAGUCGCAGGCUGGUGUAAGUACACCAGUGUCUACAUUUCAACAGCUUCCUUCCUCCCAGACUACGAUACAGACCGCAUCUGGACAGAGCAUAAUCCUCGCAAAUGGUAGUGCGACGGCUGGUGGUGUUCCUAAUGGAAGUACCACUACGACCAACCAACUCGUAUCUGCCAACCAAUCCCUGCAACUACUGCAACACGUAAUGACCCCGACGGGUGAAAUAACGCAAAUACCGCUAAACUUCAUACGUACAGCCGGUACGAGCGGCACACCAAACACUGGUCAGCCAAUCUUCAUACAAACUGCUCCCAUGCAGGCAGGUCCCACCAUAAUCCACACCGGGCCUACCGGUGUCUUUCUAAGCGCCAAUCAACUUCAGCAAUUGCAACAACAACAGGCACAACAGCAGCACCAACAGAAUCAUCAUCAUCAAACACAACAUCAGCAUCAAUCACAACUACAAAACAACCAUCAACAACAAAGGGAUUAA